UUCUUCCGAGCAUUUACUUAACGGAAAAUGGGUUUCCAAGUAAAAAUGUUACGUGGCAUUAUUCCAUACAAGGAAGUGAUGGGAAUUCACUCUCUUCCUGAUCUGGUUUCCUGUUAGCUGGGAAUUUUCUCCCCAAGUUCAGCAGUGUUUGCUGAAGGUCAGCUAUAUUCUUGCUGCUUGAAGCAAAACAAGGAAAAUGUUUUUUAGAUUGACUCAGUUUUAAUAUGACAAGGGCUGCCGGACUUAAACAAAUUCAUGUUUUAGCACAGCUGUGGUUCAGCCACAAAUGAGAUUGAUUUCAUAAACACAUACUUUCCUUAUGAUGUUUCAAUUGUCUGCCAUAUGUUUAAAUUUUGAAAUUUUCUGACUUGUAGGAAACUGAAUUGGCAGAAUGCCAAAUAAAGAAGGGUUCACUGAACCUUUUGAAGAAGCGGGAGUCUUGUGAUUCAAUUGCAUCGUCCUCAAGGAAUGUUCUCAAAAGCAAGUGGUAUGAGUCUUUACCUCAGACUGUUUCCAGUAAUUUGAAGUUCCUGCUGAACAAUACCAAGCUUUCAGACAGCACUCAAGAGCUUUUAUAUUAGCCCUUCAACAACAAUUUAAAGUCACCAGUCAGCUAAUGCUUCCAUUCCAAGAAUAUCAGCAACUGUAAUACAAGUACCAGAGCUGGAAUUUCGGUGGUAACAUUACCGAAGACAUCCUGUGUUCUGAGGCACUGCAACUUACCUGCUGAGAAUAAUAUUUCUACAAGAAUGGAAAGUGAGUCAGAAAGCAGAAUGGUGAGGGAAACACAGAGAAAGAACAUUUCAGCUUCACCUAUAUCCACACAAGAAACAGAAUCAACCCAAGAUGAAAUUGUUCGGGAAGAUCUACAAGCUGCUCGAAGGAUUGAGAGAUUUGCUAUUCCUCUAGAUGACCUGAAAAUGCUGUUUGAGAAGUCAGACACACCAAAGAAAAGCAAAAAGGAACUGAGAGGUGGAGGAUCACCCUCUUCACCAUCAAAGCAGCGGUCUGGAAAUCCUUCAAGCAGCUCUUUAAUCAAUCUGGAUUGUAAGGUUAGAGGGGAACUGGAGGAAACAAUGUCCCUGGAUGGAAAGGAAACAAACAGCAGUGAGGGUUUUGGUGUAAGCGAUGCAGGUAUGCUGCUGGUUGCUGACCUAGAAGAAAGUUGCCUGCAAAGAUCUACCAAUCUCUGUGCUGCUGUCAUAUCUGAUGAGCCUAGCCAGGCUGAGACUGUGCCCCUUGAUAGCCAGGAGACUGUCUCACUUAAAGACAGAUUGGCCAUGUAUCAAGCAGCUAUUUCUAAGAAGGAGAGCGGCAGCCCUUCAGUUGCGGCUCCAGAAGAAGAAGCUCGAGCCUUGCCUGGAGGCCUUGCAAGCGUGAAGAAACAGUUUGAAUCACAUAGCACUGUUGCUCAUUACCAGCAGCGAUCCGUACAGGAUGUGACAAGCACCAACAAAGUUAAAGUGAACAAUUAUACCGGAAAACCUGAUCAGGCAAAUGGUUCACCAUCAACAUCAGAACAGCUUUUAUCCUACAAAAUGGAAAUGGCCUCUGUUAUGGAACAGAAUACUCAUCUGUCAAGUAUGGUGGGCAACUUUGAAAAUCACUUCAGUGAUUUCAGUGUGGAUGGAGUGACUGAGGAUGAAAAUCCGAAAGUCUCCACUCAGAUGUUAAAACAGCAGUUUGAAAAACAGGCCCAGCCUACCCAAAUGGCAACCAACACCACCAAAAAGAUUAAGACAGAACAUAACUUCCAAGAGACGCAGUGGCCUCCUGUUGUUUCUACUUCCAACAUCUCCACCACAGCAGGCAAGAUUUCUGAAGCUACACAAUUAAGAGAAGUAGACAGUACAGCUGUUUCAGUUUCUCUCAGCUCCAGUAACCGUGGAAGCAUGGAAGAAUUCCCUCCUCCACCACCAGAUUUACUAAGUGAACCAUCAGAAAUAACUUACUUUUCGCAAUCUCCUGAACGCUCUCUCUCUUCAACAAAACAAAUCAUUCCUAAGGACCUGUAUUCAAAGCAAAGAAAUCUUUAUGAGCUAAAGCGUUUGUACAAACACAUCAAUCCAGGGGUGAGAAAGAACCUGGAAAAGGAAUUUAUACAAGAGAUCAGUGAGAUUGUGACAAAUGAAACUAAAGAUAAUGAUGUAAGGGGAGAUGUGCAACAGGCUAAGUAUGUCUUUGAACACACUGGCCAUAGCCCCCAGAAAUGUAUGAGCCCAGAAAGAGAGUAUUUAGAAUGGGAUGAGAUCCUUAAAGGAGAGGUACAGUCCAUGCGCUGGAUGUUUGAGACUCAACCAUUAGAUUCUAUCAAGGAUGAAUCCCCUGACCAAAGCGAUGCAAAAUGCAUUUCACAAGAAAUGAUAGCAGGAGGUGAUGUGAAAUACACAACAUGGAUGUUUGAGACACAAGCCAUUGAUACACUUGGUGUAAGUUCUCCUGACUCUACAGAAGCGACUGGCAAGAUCCCUGAAUUAGCAAGAGGAGAUGUCCGCACUGCCACCUGGUUGUUUGAAACACAGCCACUUGAUUUAAUGAAUAAGAUUCACCAAGAAGAUGAACAGGCAAUAGAAACUUCUACCACAAAAGACAUUACUGCUGGUGAUGUUAAAACUGCAAGAUAUUUAUUUGAAACUCAGUCCCUUGAUACACUUGGGCACUUGGAUUCAGUGGAUGAAACGAACUUCCUGCAUCUGAAAACUGAAGUUGAAGAAAUUAAAGGAAAUGUGAAGAAGACAACAAAGUUGUUUGAAACUCAACCCCUCUAUGUUAUUAGGGAUCAGUCUGGUCAAGUGCUAGAAAUCAAAACUGUUAAAAGAGAGGAGAUUGAAAGAGGAGAUGUAAGAACUGCACUCUGGCUGUUUGAGACAAAACCUUUAGACAUGAUUCAAAAGGAUGUUUCAAGUAUAAAGGUUGUAUGUGGUAUCUCUAGGGAGGAAGUUAAUAAAGGUGGUGUGAACAGGGCUAAAUGGUUAUUUGAAACACAUCCCCUGGACAGCAUCAAAGAACACUUAGAAACAGACACUUCAGUCCAGUACAAUGAAGAAAUACAAGGUGCUGAUGUUAGUAGACAAUGCUGGAUGUUUGAAACCCAACCAUUUGAUUCGCUAAAAGACAACGAUAAUGCAAGACCUAUAGAAACUGAAGAAAUUAUAGGAGGUGAUGUGCGUUCAACAAAACACUUAUUUGAGACUGUCCCCAUGGACACUUUAAAGGACAGCCCAGAUGUUGGAAAGCUUAAACAUGUGCUUGCUUCUGAAGAGGAAAAAGGGGACGUGAGACACCAAACAUGGCUUUUUGAGACCCAACCACUUGAGAUGAUUGGGGAAGAGAAAGAAAAAUAUACAAAAACAAUUCAGCUGGAAGAAAUCAAAAGAGGUGAUGUCAGCAAUCACAGACAGAUGUUUGAAACUAUGAACUUAAGUCACACUAAUGAAUAUAAAAAGAUUCAGGUGGAUGGUGUUACUAGUGGUGCUGUAAUGUCAAACAGAACUUUAUUUGAAACAACUCCUCUAUAUGCUGUUCAAGAUAGUGCUGGACACUAUCAUGAGGUUAAAACUGUGAGGAGAGAAGAAAUUGUGAGGGGUGAUGUUCGAACAUGUAGGUGGAUGUUUGAAACAACCCCUAUUGAUCAAUUUGAUGAAAGUAUUCAAAAGGUUCAAAUCAUCAAAGGUAUAUCCAAAGAAGAAAUACAAUCUGGUGAUGUGAAAACAGCCAAGUGGCUCUUUGAAACACAACCACUUGAUGCCAUCAAAUAUUUUAGCAAUGUAGAAGAUGAAGAAAUUGUAACGAAGCAGCAUGAUGAUGUUAAAGGAGAUGUACAAACUUGCAGGUGGUUGUUCGAGACGCAGCCAAUGGAUGCUCUCUAUGAAAAAAUAGACAUUAAAAAUGAAGUAGAUGAGAUUCAGAAAGGAGAUGUAAAAACGUGUACUUGGCUAUUCGAAACUCAGCCUUUAGAUGCAAUAAAAGAUAAUUCAGAAACAAUUCUAACGAUGCAUACAGUACAGCGGGAAGACAUCCAGGGAAGUGAUGUGCGAAUGGCCUGCUUCUUGUUUGAGACUGAACCUCUGGAAAAUAUACAAGGAGAGAAGGAAGAAUUUAGGCAGGUAACUAAAAUAGAUAUACAAUCAGGGGAUGUAUCUCGUAAGAAAUGGAUCUUUGAAAAUAAGUCCCUUGAUCUGAUAAACUCCAGUUCAGAAGAGAUGUUGAAAAAAAUUAAAUCUAUAACAGCAGAAGAUAUUCAGAAAGGUAAUGUUAUUAAUUGCACUUGGCUUUUUGAAAAUCAACCAAUAGAUGCUAUAAAAGAAAAUGCUGAAGAGCGAGCAAUUCUCCGCACAAUCACAGAUGUUCAGGGUGGGGAUGUUGAUAAAGGACGUUUCAUUUUUGAGACCUAUUCGCUGGAUCAAAUUAAGGAAGACUCUUCAGCGACUACAGAUAUCAAUAAAUUUAGUAUAGAACAAAUAGAAAAAGGAGAUGUUAAAAAUUACACAAUGUUGUUUGAAACUCAGCCACUAUAUGCUAUCAAAGAUAAGGAAGGAUGUUAUCAUGAAGUUACGACUGUUCGGAAGGAGGAGGUGAUUAGUGGAGAUGUGCGGGGCACCAGGUGGCUGUUUGAAACUAAGCCACUAGAUUUAAUUAAAGAAACUGAUGAAGUAUAUGUCAUCAAAGCUGUGACACAGGAGGAUAUUCAAAAAGGCGACGUUACUUCUGCACGUUGGAGAUUUGAAACACAGCCGUUGGACAAAAUUACAGAUCAUGAGAAAGUAAUCCUCAAAACAGUUUCUGAUGUACAAGGUGGUAAUGUGAGAUCAAGCACUCAACUAUUUGAGUCAGAUCAUGAUCAAAAAUAUGUUAGGACAGUCAGUGUCAGUGAAAUACAGCAUGGUAACGUAAGGACUGCCACCUGGCUUUUUGAAUCACAUACUAUUGAUGAGAUAAAAGGGGAAGAUGCAGAAUAUAAGAAAAUUGAGACAGUUGGACGAGAAGAUGUACAAAAAGGAGAUGUGAAACAGGCCAUUUGGCUUUUUGAGAAGCAACCAUUGAGCAGCGUAAAGGAAAUUAAUGAUACAAAUAUAAAAGUACUUGAAGAAGAAAUUCCACAGGUGGAUGUUAAAACUACGACCUGGCUUUUUGAAACUACACCUUUACACCGAUUCAAUGAAAGUUCAGUAGAAAGACCAGAAAUAAUAGGAAAAAAUAUUGAGGAAACACUUAAGUCACUUUAUGACUGCAAACUUCUCCAAUCCCAAGGAAUCCUCAUUGAAGCAGAUGAAGUUGGAGAUGUGAGAAUGGCAAAAUAUCAACUUCUGAACCAAACAUCCCCAGAGAUACAAAAAGAACAGGUUGUCAGAGGAGAUCUCCAAAAGAUAAUGAUGGAACUACUUUCCAAAAGAGAGUCUACAGAAAAGGGAAUUAUUGUAGACCCUAAUGAAAAAGGUAAUGUUCAUUUGACAACAGCACAGCUUUUGAAGAGGACAACAGAUAUUAACAUCGAGAAAGAAGAGAUAAUUGGUUGUGAUAUUCAACAAGUUAUCAACAAUCUUUUAAGUCAUGACAGCUCUGCAAAAAAGGGGAUUCUGAUUCAAGAGAGUGAGAAAGGGGAUGUUAAGAUGACAGUUUAUUCUCUUCUCAACAGAUCAGAUGACAUGAAAAUUCAGCAUGAUGAAGUAACAAAAGGUGAUAUACAAGCUGCAAUUGAUAAGCUUAUAGCUACGUCUCAGAGCAGUGAACUUUCACAGAACCUGAAAGUAAAUGACAUUGAGAAAGGAAAUGUUCAGUUUUACACAACAUGUAUUGAAUCGGGAGCACUGGACUAUCUUAAAUUACUUCAGCAGGAGACUGAUGAAAGUGCUCUGGUUCAACAGAAGUCUGAGGAAAUAAUACAUGGAGAUGUUGAGGGUGCCAAACAAAAACUUAGGCAGCAGCAAACACAAAUUGAACGUACAGUCGCAGAAUCUGAAAUUUUAUCUGGUGAUGUCCAAAAUGCAGUGCUGACUUUUAUGGUAGAAAGGCAAAAUGUAUCUGCCAAUGCAGAAAAAGAAGAAAUUGUACGAGGCGAUUUAAGAGCAGCUUUGCAUUCACUCAAUCAAGCCAUAAACCAACCCACAGUGGUAGAAAAGGAAGAAGUUGUGCGUGGUGAUCUAUCUGCUACUCUAAAAUCUCUUGAAGAAGCAAAAUCUCAGAAAAAGCAUAUUGAAAAGUUUGAAGUUAUUCCAGGAGACAUUAAGGGCACUCUAGUUUCUUUAGGAAAGUCAAUAAAUACCAGUGUUGAAGUGGUCGAGGAAGGUGUGGUGCAUGGUGACCUCCAAUGUACUUCAAAAUGUUUGGAUGAAGCUCAAAGCAAAAAGGAGCAGGUUGAAAAGGAAAUCAUAAUGAGAACAGAACUUCAAUCCUCAAUGAGAAAUUUAUUGGAAACAGCUUCUGAAAAGAAAAUGGUACAUCGGAUGAGCAAUAAUGGAGAUGUAAAAGCUACUAUCCAAAAUCUACAGCACUCAUCAGAACAGCAGGUUCAACCGCAGGCUAGUGGAACAGGAACUGUUCACAAUACCAUUAAAUUCCAUCAGGAAGGCCAGAAACCGAAAACUAUUGCAAAGGAUAUUGAUCAUAUAGGAGAUGCACAUUGUUCUAUAAAAUCUCUUUUAGCAACUCAAGAACAAAGUAAGAUGGAUAUUACAAAAAAUAUUAACACAACAAUAUGGACAAAACAUGAAGGUAUUAAAAAAGUUAAUAUGAAAGCAGAUGAUUCAAUGAAAAGUGAUAUACAAGAGGAAAUUCAAUCUUUUUUGCCACCUGAUAAGCAACAUCAACAUAAAGUAUAUGAAGUUGUUAAAGAAGACAUAAAGAAAACCUCAGAUGUGCACAGUACUAUUAUGACAUCUAGAUGUAGUGGUGCACAAAGUGUACAAGCAACCAGAAUCAAGUCCAUAGAUGAUAAAUACAAUGCACACAAAGUAAGAGAAACCUUUGGUUCAGCUGAUAGACAAAUAGUUAAACAGCAGGUUCCAGUCUCAACAGAUGGUCAGAGCUCUUUCCAGUCAGCAAGAACUGCUGAGGUUAUUGAAAUACCAAAUACUGAGGUUUGUACAGAUGUUGAAUCAGUAGCUGCACAAGUCAUGAACUCUCAACCCAUUCAGGGCACCAGUUCUGUUCAGCAAAUUGCACAGGGAUCCAAUCAAACAGUUCAUACUUUUACAUCUCAGUCAAUUAUGGAAAAUGAUAUAAAAAGUAAACAGGAAAUUAAAAGUAACAACGAGUUGCAUAAAACUGUCGACAACCUUAGUAAGAGAGUAAAUAAGGGAUUUUCACCUAAAAUCAAAUCUGGAACUACUUCUUUUGAAAAAUUACAAAUGUCUACAAACAAAAUAGACAUUAAAACUCAAAAUACUAGAAAGAAAGGAUUAAGCCAUGUAAAAAUGGACAAAAAGAGGAUACCCCUUCCACCUCCACCUCCACCCACUCCACUACGCUCUGAUGGUGAACUCUUGCUUUCUCCUCCUCCUUCACAUGUAGAAGAAGAUGGUCAAAUGUUUCCUCUCCCACCACCACCACCACCAUUAGUCCAUAUAAGAUCAGAAAUAUAUGAAACUGAACUCCCUCCUUCUCCUCUUCCGACUCCACCCCCUCCCCCUCCCCCUAUUAGCCCUACUAUACCUCUUGUCCAGGAAAUGUUCACACCAGGAUAUCUUCCUCCAUCUCCUUUACAGCCUGAUUUAAACUUACUGCCACUACCACCAUUUCUUCCCCAAUCACCUUCCCAACAAAAGAAAGUUGUUGAUAAAGCAUCAAAAUUACAGCCUUCACCAAAAGUACUAAAUCUUGAAUACAACAAACAAAAAGAACAACCUAAGAAGAACUUGCAACUUAUUUCAAAACCAAGUGUAAUUAUAGCUGAGGAUUCCGUAUCAUCAAAGCAAGAUAUUCAACAGCAGAAACAUGAAUCCACACAAGAGAAACAGCAUGAACCUGCUCAGCAUUCAACAUGUCCAAAAGUUACACAUUCACCACCCCGUCAACCAGUAAUAAGGCCUGUUCAAAAGCCAGUGCAGAAACAGCAUGCACAGGCUCCUCCUGCUGUUAACAAAGCUUUUAUGUCACUAGAUCCUUCAACCAAAACAGAAACUGCAAAACCACAAUCUAAACCUUAUACCAGGAAAUUUAAAACUCCUUUAAUGAUAGCUGAAGAAAAAUACAGGAAAGAGAGAGAAGAAAUGGAAAGAAAUAAAGCAGCUAAAACGUCUUGGCCCAUAAAAAGGGGGAAGCUAGCUACAGCAGUAUCAAAAAGCCCAACAAAAGGGGGAUCUGAAAAUAGUUCCACAGUUAAGUCUUCAGUUUUGCUGAAUGUCACAACACCUGCUGAUCAUCAGACUUCUCCAGCGAGUCAGGUAAUGGAAAGAGAAAACACGCCUACUGUUGAAAAAUAUCAGAUUUAUCCAGAAUCAGCAGAGUCCACUGCUGCAGAGCAACACGUUCAUCCAAAACCAGCAGAGCCUAAUGCUGCAGAGCAACACGUUCAUCCAAAACCAGCACAGCCCACUGUUGCAGAGCAGCACGUUCAUCCAAAACCAACAGAGCCUACUGUUGCAGAGCAGCACGUUCAUCCAAAACCAGCAGAGCUCACUGCUGCAGAACAGCACAUUCAUCCAAAACCAGCAGAGCUCACUGCUGCAGAACAGCACAUUCAUCCUAAACCAGCAGAGCCCACUGUUUCAGAAGAUUUGAUAUCCACUUCUGUUUCUUCCUCCCAGUCAGCAGUGGUAGCUGCUUCAGAGCAACUGCACCAUAUCUUAAAAUAUUCCUCAGAUGUAAUGAGUAAUAAGGAAAAGAUAUUUAAUGCAUUUAAAGAUUCAGUGAAAGAUAUUGGUUUAGAAAUUAUUAAACAAGACAAACAGAUACACAAAAAGGCACAAGAACAACCUAGUCAUGUGAAGCCUCAAUCAACUUCUUCACCAAAAUUUAAGGUUAAAACUAUUCAGCUACCUAAAGGGGGUCAAAUAAUGCAAGAAAAGAAAGAAAGUGCACUGUCAUACAAAAAGGAGCAAAAACAAAUUUUGAAACCAGAAGAAAAUAAAAGUCAAGAGAAUUCUGCCACUAAACAGUUUCAAAUAAAACAAAGUAACUAUGUGGAUGUGGCUAAACAAGAACAGCAUAACAUUACUGUUCAGCAACAUAAUAAUUUGGGUGAAUAUUACCUAUCAGCAACUGUAGGUAAGGAUCAGAAUAUUGAAAAGACAACUAUUCCACAAACACUUGCAACAAAUGUGGCACAAGAUCAAGUGAAAAAUAAAAAAGCAGUACAACAACAUAACGGACAAUCAUAUACAGCUCAUUUAAAAGAAGCUCAAAAAGUACAACAAAAGAAAGAAAAGGGGGUCAUGUACAAAGAAACCAAGAAUGAAAAAAUACAGAAGCACCAUGUUAAGGCUCAGAAAGAAACAUUUCCAAAAUUUCAAGGUGAACAAGAUCAGCAGAAAGCUGACCUAAUGGUAAUUAAUCAAAAGCCUUUAAGCGAAAAGGCACAAGUGCAAAAACAUCUUGAUUGGAAAGAAAUGCUAAUUUCAGAAAAUCAGAUUGAACCUAAAACAAAACAGGGAUCUUUUCAGGCAACAGAAGAGCAAAUUUGUUGUGUAAGAAAUGCAGGUAGUAAGCAAGGGCUGGUCCCUGCUCACAUGGAGGGUACAAAACAGGAGAACAGGGAAAGUAGAAAUACUGCUGUGCAUGAAAAGGAAUUUGAUAAAGGCGUGGCAAGACAUUAUGUAGAAAUUAGUGACAGUUACCAAAAGCGUGAGGAACUGCAAAAUAUUUUAUUCAGACUGAUUCAGUUUGAAAAGGCGAAUGACAGCAUAGAUUUAAACGCACUAAAAGCCUUUUUGGAUAAGAUUCCUAAAUGGCUGACAGAUAGCCAUGGAUUUCCAAUGAAGGUUAUCAAAGGGAAUGAUUUACAAAAGAUGAAAAAAGAACUAAUACUGGUUAAACAGAAAGCAUUACUAAAGCUUGCAUAUUUUGAUGAAUCGAUACAAAAAGCAUUGAUUUCUUUGUCUGGUUUAACACCUGAAAAAGAAAUGUUUAGUGGUAUUACACCAUCACAGAAGAUAUCCAAGAUAAGCAUUGGCUCUUGCAAAUUAGAUAAACAAGGAAAAAGCAAUGUAGAAGAGCAAGCAUGUGAAAGCAGAAAACAGCAACUGAGUGAAAUUGUAGAGCAGAGAGCUCAGUCUCCAGCAAAAAGAAUGCCAUCACCAUCCCCUUCUUACAUUACUAUUGAGUCUACAGCAAGGCGAACAGAAUCACCUCUUAGAGCUGUUCCCUCUCCACCACUUUCUCAGAAAGCAUAUAGCACACCGUCCCCAGUCCAACGGGAAACCACAUCAACAUCUCCACUACCAAUGCACAGCUCAGACAUGCCAACAUCCAGAAUUCACACAUCUUCAACAUCAUCCUCUCCACCAAGAGGUAAACGUUCAGAUCAGCUUGCCAAACUUAAAGGUACUACAGCAAAACUGUCACAGGGAAUUGCACAAUCUACGCAGUCUACACAUGUUCAGGUAGCAGAAAAGAGGUCAGAAAUUAUUCCAUCACCAGCAACUCUUCGACGACAGUUAAAGAUCGACACGCCAGUUGCAGAUAUAUUACCUAAACAUGAAUCCCCCGUAAUGUCCGUUACAGUUAAGGAUAUAACAGAAAUGUUUGAAGAGGCUAGAAGGUCAGAAGAAAACAAAGUUUAUAUGCGUAAAGAUCCCAUAGACAUUCCAGAACGUUUGGGCUCUGACACAGAGGAGUCUGAAUCCACUGUCAGCAAGCAGAAUGUUCAGAUGCCGAAAGUAGAUCUUUCAGAACUUGUUCAUAAAUUUGAAGUACCAGAUCAAACAAUUUAUUUUCAAAAGGAGCCAGUCAUAAUCACUGAAAGGCCAAGAACUGAUGGUGAAGAUACCCCAUUUGGGAAAAACCCUUUGUUUGAGGAAAUCCCAAUAUUUGAUUUAAAAUCUGUCAAGCCUGUGUUUGAAAGCUCUGGAGAAGUUACUAUCCCUAUAAAACAUGAACAGCCCCAAGGAGGUGGAAAACCUCUGAAAAAAGCUAAAUAUUCUCAGAAAGUCAAGGAAGGAAUUAAGGCAUCAACACCGCCUACGCUAUAUCCUGAUGCAAUUAAUAAGCAGCUUGCACAUAUGGAUGACUUUGAAACUGAAGCAACUGACUCCAGAACUAGAAUUCAGCACUCUGAAAUGUUUUCAGGCAUUGAUUCCAGGCAUGCACCACCAACCUAUGAAGACGUAAUUUCAGGACAGAUAUUAGAUAUAUCAGCUGAUAGCACACCAGAAGAAUUGCUGAAGAAUUUUCAAAAAACGUGGCAGGAAAGUGAACGUGUCUUCAGGAGUCUUGGUUACGAAAUCUCAGAGACCAGUGAAACUAGGUGGCAAGAAGAUGUACUUCAGGAAGAUAUGGUUUUGACCGGUAAUCUGCAUGAACAGCAUGAAGAAUUAAACUUAAAGAGCAAUUAA